AUGCCAUAUCGCCGGCCGAUCUACUUCAACCCCGCGGCAGCAAAUGAGCGCAUCACCUCUCCGCAGAUCGAAGGCCUCACACAAUUCCACCAAUCCUUCCCUAAUUAUGCGCCAACACCACUAGUCGAACUUCCAGAGCUUGCAAAGGAGCUAGGCGUUCGUUCUGUUCUAGUCAAAGACGAAAGCAACCGGUUCGGUCUACCCUCUUUCAAAGUCCUUGGUGCGUCAUGGGGAUGCUUCCGAGCGGUUGCAGCACGCCUCGGGCUGCCUUCUACAGUUGCCCUCGAUGAGCUCUCAGUCAAAGCAAAGGAUGCCUCAAUUGUUCUGACAACUGCAUCGAUGGGAAAUCAUGGAAGGGCAGUUGCGUUUAUGGCUCGAUUGCUCGGCAUCGAGGCGCGCAUCUUCGUUCCUCGCUCUUUGGACCAGGGAACGCGUGAUCUCAUUGCUUCCGAAGGGGCAACUUUGGUUGCUGUACAGGGAGAUUAUGAUCAAGCUGUGCAAGAGGCCUUGAAGAAUAGCCUUGAACAGGGCGUGCUUCUUAUUCAGGAUACUGCGUUCGAGGGAUACGAGGAUGUUCCUGCAUGGAUUGUGGAAGGGUACUCGACUAUGAUGAAUGAGAUUCAGGAUGGGCUUGCCCGCCUUGAACUCCCAGGCAGCCUGAUGGUUACCCCUGUUGGCGUGGGCAGUCUUGCGCAUGCAGUGGCGAAAUAUUGCAAGUCACAGGGUACCCCCAUGUCUGUGGUUGCUGUCGAGCCGGACACGGCGGCCUGUCUGUCUUCCAGCUUGAAUGCCAGACAACUGGUGGCUGUGCGGAGCUCUGGGACCAUCAUGGAUGGCAUGGACUGUGGUACAGUGUCUUCUACUGCUUGGCCUGAUCUACAGCGUCUAGUCGAUGCCUGCGUUACGGUGUCGUCUUAUGAAAGCCAUUGUGCAGUACAAUAUCUGCAUUCAAAAUCCGUGAAUGCUGGGCCAUGUGGUGGUGCAUCGCUAGCUGCCCUGCGACACCUGGCUACAUCCAAGGAAGGAUCUCUUCUGAACAAGGAUUCUGUCGUAGUCCUCCUCAGCACUGAAGGUGCACGUGAAUAUUCUAUUCCGAAAGAUGUCUGUGUCGAUGAUGCAGUUGGUUUGACUCAAGCUUUGACUCAGAUCAACUCCUCUAACCCGACACUGUCCGUCGCCGAUGGAGUGGGCGAGACUGAGAUUGCGAACUAUCUUGCAGCUUGGUUUUCCCACCGGGAUAUUGAAUACCAUUGGAUUGAGAAGGUUGCGGGACGACCAUCCAUUGUUGGAGUUCUGCGUGGUAGUGGAGGUGGAAAAUCUCUCAUGUUCAACGGUCACAUCGACACUGUCAGUCUCUCUAGCUACGAAAAAGAUCCCCUUUCUGGAUCCAUUGGGAGCAAGGAUGGCAAGGAAGUUAUCUUUGGACGAGGCUGCCUCGAUAUGAAGGGUGGUUUGGCCGCAGGUUUGGCGGCUCUCUCGGCCACAAAAGCCAGUGGUCGUGUUCCUCGGGGCGAUAUCAUCGUGGCUGCGGUAUCAGACGAGGAGGAUGCCUCGCAAGGAACUCAGGACCUAAUAGAGGCCGGCUGGCGUGCUGACGCGGCUGUUCUCCCUGAGCCAACCCAGGGGGCGGUCCUGACUGCUCACAAGGGAUUCGUCUGGGUCGAAGUUGAUAUCUUGGGAGUGGCUGCGCACGGGUCCGAUCCUUCAUCUGGAGAAGAUGCCAUUAUUUAUGCCGGAUGGUUCCUGCAGGCUCUGGAGGAGUACCAGUCCCAGUUGCCAACAGAUGAUCUCUUGGGUCAGGCAUCGCUGCAUUGUGGCUUGAUCCGGGGUGGCGAAGAGCCCUCUUCCUACCCUGAUAAAUGCACCAUCACAGUCGAGUUCCGUACAGUCCCAGUGCAAACAGAGGAAUCUAUCUUGGCAGACAUUAAAGCGCUAUUGGAGGGGAUUACGCUUAAGAAUGCUCGUUUCAAAUACGCCAACCCUCGCAUUACGAUGUCGCGACCGACGCAGAAAUUGCCGACUGAUCAUCCGUUUGUGCAGCAGACCGUUGCAUGUGCCUCUGCCGUCUUGGGAAGUGAGCCUGUCGUUGGGUCUGGACCCUUCUGGACCGAUGCAGCCUUGCUUGGUGCGGUGGGUGUUCCUUCAAUCGUAUAUGGACCUGCGGGAGAGGGUUUGCAUGCCAAGGAAGAAUGGGUUGAGGUUGAAAGUCUUCGGCAAUUUGAGAAUGUUUUUACUCAACUUGUACAAGACUUUUGCUACUAA